AUGGACACAUCCUCAAAGACGUGGCUGCCGCAUCAGGGUCAGUUUGGGUUGGUUGGUCAAGCGGAGGUUUGCUGUGGCGGCGGGACUGGAGUUUUAACCCCAAACCAAUCUCGCAGGGCAAGUUUUGCCUCUGCAAGACAGUCAAGCAUGGAGACUCCUCCGAAUACCACCCCGCAGCCCUUCAGACAGCCGAGUUUCCUCAAUCGGCGUUUGAAGGGCUCCAUCAAGAGGGCCAAAAGUCAGCCCAAACUGGACCGGACGAGCAGCUUCAGACAGAUGAUUUUACCCCGUUUUCGUAGUGCUGACCAAGAGAGGACACGCUUGAUGCAGAGUUUCAAAGAAUCCCACUCCCACGAAUCCCUACUUUCUCCCAGCAGUGCUGCAGAGGCAUUGGACCUAGUUUUGGAUGAAGAUGCCAUAAUCAAACCUGUCCAUUCUAGUAUUUUAGGACAAGAGUACUGCUUUGAGGUGACCACUAAUUCAGGGACAAAAUGUUUUGCCUGCCGAUCAGCAUCAGAGAGGGACAAAUGGAUUGAAAAUCUGCAACGCGCUGUCAAACCUAACAAGAACUCCUCGGUCGUCUCUCAGGAUAACAGCAGACGGGUGGAAAAUGUGCUCAAGUUGUGGAUCAUUGAAGCUCGAGACCUCCCGGCUAAGAAGCGCUAUUAUUGUGAGCUGUGUCUGGACGACAUGCUGUAUGCCCGCACCACCAGCAAACCCCGAACUGACACCGUAUUCUGGGGCGAGCAUUUUGAAUUUAACAAUUUGCCUACCAUUCGUAGCCUUCGUUUACACCUCUACAAGGAAACAGACAAAAAAAGACGCAAGGAAAAAAGCACAUACCUUGGCCUUGUCAGCAUCCCCAUUUCCAGCAUCACGGGCCGGCAGUUUGUUGAACAGUGGUACCCGGUCAUACAGUCCAGCGUUUUGGCCAAAAGCGGUGGUGUCGGAAGCACAAAGGUCAUCAAUGCCUCGCUUCGUGUAAAGUCUCGCUACCAGACUAUGAACAUCCUCCCGAUGGAGCUGUACAAAGAAUUUGCUGAGUACACUACCAACAAUUACCGAACACUGUGCGCAGUUCUGGAGCCACUGUUAAGUGUGAAAAGCAAAGAGGAGGUGGCGUUUGCUCUGGUGCACAUUCUUCAAAGCACAGGGAAAACCAAGGAGUUCCUGUCUGACAUGGCGAUGUGUGAGGUAGAUCGAUUUAUGGACCGUGAGCACUUGAUUUUUCGAGAGAACACACUUGCUACAAAGGCUGUGGAAGAGUACCUCAAAUUGAUAGGUCACAGAUACCUCAAGGAAGCUAUAGGUGACUUCAUUCGAGCCUUAUAUGAGUCUGAGGAGAACUGUGAGGUGGACCCCAUGCGUGUCCCACCAUCAGUGCUCGCUGACCAUCAAGCCAACCUUCGCAUGUGCUGCGAGCUGUUACUCUGCAAGAUUAUCAACUCUCUCUGCAUAUUUCCCCGGGAGCUGAAGGAAGUUUUUGCCUCAUGGAGAGCCAGAUGUGCUGAGCGUGGAAGAGAAGAUCUUGCUGACAGCCUCAUCAGCUCCUCCCUGUUUCUUCGCUUCAUGUGCCCAGCCAUCAUGUCCCCCUCCCUGUUCAACCUAAUGCAGGAGUACCCCGCAGAACGCACUUCCCGCACGCUCACGCUCAUCGCCAAGGUGAUGCAGAACCUGGCCAGUUUCAGCAAGUUUGGACCCAAGGAAGAAUAUAUGUAUUUCAUGAACGAGUUCUUGGAGAUGGAGUGGGGCUCCAUGCAGCAGUUCCUCUAUGAGAUUUCCAACAUGGACACUGGAGGAAACGCUGGAGGCUUUGAGGGCUACAUCGACCUCGGCAGAGAGUUGUCCAUGCUUCACAGUUUACUGUGGGAAGUUAUGGGACAGCUUAGCAAGGACGCUAUUCUCAAACUCGGACCCCUACCACGGCUGCUGAAUGACAUCAGUGUCGCCCUGAGGAACCCGCAGCUCCACAUGCCUACAAAUCACCAGCCAGACCGACCGAAGGACAGACUCUUCUCCCGACCGUCUUUCAACCGUCUCAUGUCCUCCGACUUCCAAAGCCUUAUGAUGCGCGACUUAAACAGUUCGAUAGACAUCUCUCGCCUACCUUCCCCUACGACUGGAGUAUCAGCCGUCGAAUCCCUCUCAUCUAACCUGAACAUGAGGCGUCACGCAGAACGAGACCUCCGCUCAUCACGGGAAGUUUUCUACGUGACCCGCCCGCCUCUGGCUCGAUCCAGCCCCGCAUACUGCACCAGCAGCUCUGACAUCACCGAACCUGAUCCAAAGGUCCACAGUGUGAAUAAAAGUGUGUCCAUGAUGGACCUUCAGGACUCCCGCAUGAACAGCAUUUCCAAUCUAAACUCUGUGGGAGACAUGCUCACUUCCUCUCAAGCCUCCAUCGCUGGCCUGGGCCACAGUUUCGGAAACCUCGGCGGCCCUCUUCGCAUGGGAGGGCAUAUGCCAACAGGCUCAUCGGGCUCCGGUUUGAGGCUGAGCCAGAUGGGCCACAUAGGAGGGCCCACCGAAUCCAUCUCUCAACAGCAGCAGCAGGCAGCAGCAGCCAUGCACUUCCCCCUGUCUUUCCAGAACCCGCUAUUCCAUAUGGCUGCCCAGAACUCCCCAGCUCAGGCCCAGCCUCCUCCCCCUCCUCUCCUCCUGGCCCCCGAGCCCGAGAAUGGCCACCAUGACUAUGCACCCGCCUUUGGCAACAGUGCUUUCUCCCGCAGCGAGGACUUGUCCGCCCUGCGGUCACAGAGCAGUCUGGUGCAGCCCAGCAUUGUCCACUCACACAGUUACAGUGAUGAUUUCACCCGGCAGAAUCAGAGCAAUGACUACGCCUGGCACCAGCUGUCACUGCAGGUGCAGGAGUCUCUCCAGCAGCAGCACCUGAUGGGAGUCACCUCUCAGACAGCCACUGGUACGGGGACCCCCGCCUCUUUGGCCACACCUCCCACUACAGUUCAUCAUGUCCGCCAGUCAUCCAUAGCCCCGCCAGGUCACCUCAAGUCACAGCGGUCCAUUAACACUCCAGCCACCGCCACACCUCCAAAGGUACGCCCCCAGAGCCGGAACCUCCUCCUCGACUCUUCAGAGACCAAUUUCAGCGGCAGUCAGCCAAAGUCGCGCCAAACUCAGCAGCAGCAGCAGCAACAGCAACAGCAGACGCAGCAGCAACAACAGGAGACGCAGUUGUCUGUGACUGAUAGUCCGGCACCCGGGCUCCCGUACCAGACGAGCUCCGCCAAAGAGAACCAGGGUCCGUCAGCAGCCGCUGAGGAGUCAACAGACACGCCAACGAAAAGCACCAAGAAGCCUCAAUCGACUCAACUGCAGCCUCCACAGCAGCACCUGCUCAAGCCAGUUGCCAAUAAACAGGGUUCUACCUUGAACACCCCGGGCGCCAAUGAACGGACGGUUGCCUGGGUGUCCAACAUGCCACAUCUCUCUGCUGACAUUGAGAGCCUGCGGCCGGACCGUGAGGGUCAACUGAAAGAGUACUCCAAGAGCAUGGAUGAGUCACGACUAGAGAGGGUAAGAGAGUAUGAGGAAGAAAUACAUUCCUUGAAGGAGCGACUGAAGAUGUCUCAUCGCAAGCUUGAAGAAUACGAGCAGAGACUUAUGUCGCAGGAACAGCAGACGAGCAAGAUCCUGCAGCAGUAUCAGAACCGCCUGGACGACAGCGAGCGCCGCCUGAAGCAGCAGCAGGUGGAGAAGGACUCUCAAAUCAAAGGCAUCAUCAACAGACUCAUGGCUGUGGAAGAUGAGCUGAGGGGGGGUGCCAUUCCUGAUAUUAAGCCUCGAAUCCUCACAGACCAAUCUAUCAACCAGGGCUAUGGUCACCCGGGAUCCUGA